AACACGCGCCAGCUCUCGAAACAGCGAAGUCAACAAUGGCGAGCGGCACGAGGGGUGUCGCCGCGGCGACUAUCUCGCUCGCCGUGCUGCUCCUAAUCCUUUGCUUCUCGCCAAGCACGGCCGCCGCCGUCCCCAGCAUCGACGCCACGCGGACGCGCCACCUGCCGCUGCCGCGCGGACUGCUGCGCGGCCCGGAGAGCGUCGCCUUCGACGCCAAAGGGCACGGCCCAUACAGCGGCGUCUCCGACGGCCGCGUGCUCAGGUGGAACGGCGACGCGCUCGGCUGGUCGACCUACACCUACAACCCCGACUACAGCAGCGAGGCGUGCACGGCGUCCGUCUUCCGCCCGGAGACGGCCACGGAGAGCCACUGCGGACGCCCGCUAGGCCUGCGGUUCCACCUCAAGUCCGGGUACCUGUACAUCGCCGACGCCUACAAGGGGCUCAUGAGGGUCGCGCCCGGCGGUGGGGAGGCGACUGUGCUGGUCACGGAGGUUGACGGCGCACCUCUCCGCUUCACCAACGGCGUGGACGUCGACCAAGUCACCGGCGAGGUUUAUUUCACAGACAGCUCCACCAACUUCAAUAGGUCGCAGCAUGAGAUGGUGACAAGAACCGGAGACUCGACGGGACGGCUAAUGAGGUACGACCCACGGACGGGGAAGGCCGUCGUGCUCCAGGCCGGCAUCACUUACCCCAAUGGUCUUGCCAUCAGCGCUGAUAGGACGCAUCUCAUCAUCUCGUCGACCGGGCCGUGUAAGCUGCUACGAUACUGGAUCAAGGGCUCCAAGGCGGGCACGAUGGAGCUAUUCGCCGACCUUCCUGGCUAUCCAGACAAUGUAAGGCCCGACAAGAAAGGAGGAUAUUGGGUGGCACUACACCGUGAAAAGAAUGAGCUCCCCUUUGGCAUUGAUAGCCACUUGCUAGCCUUGAGGAUUGAUGCCCAUGGAAAAAUUACUGAAGAGAUGAGGGGGCCCAAGAGCGUGAGGCCGACCGAGGUGGUGGAGAGGAGAGGAGGCAAAUUGUUCAUGGGAUCCGUCGAGCUUCGCUAUGUCUCCGUCGUCACGCGCAAAUAAAUAGACCAAUUACCUAACUUAAGGCUUUUCCUAGGGCAUGCGUAUUUCAGUUUUCUUGUUAUGAUUGUU